AUGUCGAAAUCUUCAGAUGAAACCGAAGAUACAUCGGAUGAUGCCCAGCCGCUUUGUUUUUUCGUUCCGUCUAAGCUCUUCAUCGAUCUCAAGCAGAGCAGCCAGACGAGGGAAACGACUAAAACGGUGGCAGCUCGAGUCCUUGAUCAGAUGGAUGAUGCGGCUAAAAAAAACAAAAGCCAAGGUCUUUGGAACAUUCCUGCAAGAGAAGACUACGAUCCGGACAAUUCGGAGUGUCGAAAACCAUUUCGCAUCUUGAUACAAGCCAUCCAAACUGGCCUCUUGGGAGACUUAGCCGACCCUGCAAACAACUUUCAAAAAAGUUUUUACUCUCGUGAGGAAGGGGAAGAGCCUUGGUCCAUACGAGAGCCUCUGACAGGAGAUUUUGAGGACGUAGCGAUCGCAAAGUCGUAUCACGAUGCUGUGGACAAAUGUUACGACAACUUGGGGAUUGCGCACGAAUUUUUCCUGAAGUGCUUCAAUCAUAAUUCCAUUGACGAUAAAGGCGCACCUUUAAUUGCUGUGGUGCAUUAUGGGUUUUCCUUCCCCUGCGCUUUCUACGCACCCUCCGGUUUUGAUGAAUGGCAGUACGCUUUUUGUUUUGGAGACGGCUGGGAUCAGCUUAGCGACAUGGAUAGCGAAUCAAAAUUCUUUGGAAAUUUUGCUGGCAGCCUCGAAUGCGUAGCUCACGAAAUGAUGCAUGCUAUCACGCAUUAUUUGGUGAAUUUGGAAUAUUCCGGGGAAUCCGGCGCACUCAACGAGCACAUAUCAGACACCUUCGGGAUGAUGGCAGAGCAGUGGCACAAGGGUCAUACCGUUAAACAGUCAGACUGGCUUAUUGGCGAGGAUAUCCUGUUGCCCGAAAUCAGAAGCUACGUCGGUAUUGACGGAGUCACGGAUCCGGAAAAGUCAUACGCCAUGAAAUCAAUGAAAGCUCCCGGCACAGCGUAUAAUAUAAAAGGCUUAGGGGGAGACAAUCAAGUCUGCUACAUGAAGGAUUAUAAAUAUGAUCUUCCAAUCGAUAAAAACCAUGAUUGGGGUGGUGUUCAUAUCAACUCCGGCAUCCCCAAUCAUGCGUUCUAUCAGUUCGCUAAUUUCUUGGGAGGUAAUUCUUGGGAUCUAGCGGGAAAAAUUUGGUUCGAAUCGCUAAAAAGUGAGGAGAUGUACAGCAAGUGCAGAUUUCUUGACUGGGCUCGUAUCACGAUAAAAACUGCAAAGUCGUAUAAGUCGUUAACACCGCUCUCUUUGGAUGAAAAUGGUAAAGAGAAUACGGUGGCCUCAUUAUUAAGAACCGCAUGGAAGAUUGUUGGCAUCAAUACACCUAUAAGCAUACUGAACGACUAG